CUACGGCCAUUUGUUUACUAUUUAAGGGGUAACUAUAACAUUCCCACAACGAGUUCAAGUUGUUUGUACUUGUUGCUAACCUAAUGUUCAAAAUCACCGGGGUCUUAAAUACCACGAAUAUUGGAAGUGGCUCAAAGAUCAGCUGUGGGUAAAUGAUCAAGUUUUAGUCUGCUGGAAACCGACGACUCAACGGUGAAGUCUGUCCGUGCUUUGCAGUUCUGGUUUUCUGCAGAGGAAUUGGGAAUUAUUAGUCUCACAAUACGUUACCCAUCGAUAUCGUUUUUAGACAACAUUUGUUCUUCCCUCCAUUACUAUGGGCAUUUCAAGUGAUCUAUUUGGGGAAUUUCACGACCCUGAUUCAGGAGAGAAGAUUGCCGUGAAACGUUACACUUUAAGCAGUGCCUCUGGAGUGGAAGUACACGUGAUAGCAUACGGUGCGGGAAUUAGCGGAGUUUUAGUCCCGGACAAGGGUGGCAAUAAAGAUCACGUGGUUUUAGGCUUUGACAGCUUGGAAGGCUACACCAAAAAUAGCUAUCAGGGCAGCACUGUUGGUCGUCACGCCAACCGCAUUUGCCUCGGCAAGUUCACUCUGGAUGGUCAGUCACACCAGCUGACAAUAAACAACAAUGCCAACCAUCUGCAUGGAGGGAAAAGAGGUUGGGAUAAAUAUGUGUGGAAGAGUUAUGUGAAGGGUAACAGUGUCAUAUUUUCCCAUCUCAGUCCUGAUGGGGACCAAGGCUACCCCGGGGAUGUUUUAGCGCAGGUCACGUACACCCUUGAUGAUGAAGGAGGGCUGAAGAUAGAUUUUGAAGCCAUGACAACUAAAGCCACUCCCAUAAAUAUGACCAACCAUGCAUUCUUCAAUUUAGCUGGCCAUGCUGCAGGUCAGAAGGGUCUCUGUGAUCAUGUUGUACAACUUAAUUGUGACAGAUACACCCCAGUGAAUAAUGACUUAAUACCAACGGGAGAGAUGAAGGCAGUUGGUGGAACAGGGUAUGAUUUACGAUUCCCUGUCAGAUUUGGCGAUGCUCUCCCCAAAGUUCCAGGUGGUGGGUUAGACCAUAAUUUUGCUCUUUUCUCAAAGAGGAGAGGAGAGCUGGAAAUUGCAGGCAGGUUCCAUCAUCCCCAGUCAGGCCGUUCUCUGGAAGUCUACACCACUGAGCCAGGGAUCCAGAUUUAUACCAGUAACUUCCUGCCGAAAGAGAAAGGUGAAAUGAUUGGCAGGGGUGGAUGCUCUUAUACCUAUCAAGGUGCUUUCUGCUGCGAGCCACAAAAUUUUCCAGAUUCCAUCAAUCAAGCAAGUUUUCCAGAGGAUGUCUAUUACCCUGGAAAGCCAUACAAGCAUAGCAUCUUGUAUAAAUUCACUGUUGAAAAGUAGAGAGGAUCAGCAAAAGCCUUUUGUUGAUUAUCUGUUGUUUGCCAAAUUAGGGAAGAUAUUGCUUGUAUUUUUCUCAUUGCAUUAUCUCAUUUCACACUGUAAUUUCUUCUUUGUUAUUUUUAAUCACAUUGCACUUUGUCUCAGUUCAUAUUGUAAUUUCUUCUUGGAAAUUCAGACUUACCAAGGGAAAGGAAUGAUUUUAAGGUGUUAAAUACUACUGACACUAAUGUUAAUAUUGAGAGUGGUUUAUCCACUGAGUGGUUUUAAUUUUUAUUUUUUGACAUACAGUCGAUCCCCGCCUAUUCACUUUUCUGGAUUCAUGCCUUCACCCAUUUGCUGAUUUUUCUGUAUAAUAUAUCCAGAUUAUUCGCUGAAAAUUCACCUAUUCACUGAAUGUUUCACAUAGAAAUAUUCACUUAUUACUGUAUAUUACUGUAUGUUCAUAUUAUUUUUGUGACUAAAACAUUUUUCAUGAUAAAACUAUUAAAAUAUGCAAGAAUAAGCAUUUUGAGAGGGGGUUUUGGUGUUUGAACUAUCAAAACAGGCAGUUAUAAGUGUUUUUAGUGGAGUGUCAAGUAAUUCUGGGAUUUUAGCCGUUUGCAAGGGGAUGUGGUCCCUAUCCCCUGCAGGGGGAUGUGGUCCCUAUCCCCGGCAAAUCCCUGGUGUCAACUGUAUCUUAGUUACCUUAUUUUGAACUAGAAGUUUCAUUUAAAACAAAAAAAAAAAAGGAACAAGGUGCAAGUCAAUUUAUUUGUUCUUGGAUGUUUUUUCCAACAUGUACUCUCUUUGACAUAGAUGGCUGUGCAUAUACAGACAGGCCCCAGUUUAUGACGGGGGUUCCAUUCUUGAGACUAGUCAUAAGCAGGAACAUCGUCAAAAAUCCUAAGAAAGCCUUACUUUUAAUGCUUUGGGUGUAUAAAAAACUAUGUAAACUACAUUUUUAUUGUAUUUUUCAUGAAAAAAACCCUUCAAAUAUUGAAUUUUUUGCAUUUUUAGAGUCAUACGUAUUUCUACAGUCAGAUCAGCGUCGUAACCCUGGAGCAUGCGUUGUAAACCUGGGAAUAAUGUAGCUAGUACUGGAGAUCUUUUGGGCAUCCCUUUGUCCUAAGCUACUUUCAUUUCUGGCUUACAUUUCAACAACUCCCUCUAGCCUCUGUUCAGUUAGAUGUCCAGCCUGUUUAACUAUUUUAGGGUUCUGUUAUCCACCUCUUUAAAGCACAAAUCCUUUAGGUUAGCCAAAAGAGGAUCUUGACAUAGAAUUUAGAAGUGCCAUGAUAUUUGCUAUAUUAAUGGUAGUAGUCUGGUGUUUUAUGUGAUUUAUGAUAAUGCAGUACCUGUAUACUUAGAGGAACUGUAAAUCUUUUGUAUAAAAUGAAUAGAAGGUUUUAUUAUAUGGCAUCUGUGAUAAUUUUCUUAAUGAAAGAAUUCUGUGAGUCAAAAGAUGUACAGCAUUUAUAUAAAAAGAUUUAUAAUAUGGAUUAGUAUAUAGUAGAUUUUAUAUUGAUUAUCAAGAAGAAAUAUAUUGCAAUACACCCCCUG